AUGAAUACGCUUGACGUUGUAAUGUUGCCAACCUGCAUUGCGCCAUGUUGAAUUUUGUUGUGCUUCGAAAACAUUGUGAGCACGUGGAUUGUUGGAAAAAAUAAAGUGAAAUUCAGUCGUAAAACUAUUUAAUUGCAAAAUUUCAAAUUGAUAAAAUACACUCCUACUUUGAAAUAAAGAAAUAUUUUUCUCUUGAUUUACCAAUUUUUUUGUUAUAGAUUGUCAUUAAAAGUGGCUCAUUACAAUGGCACCUUGUCGUCAACUACUCAUGUGGUCAGUACCAUCCAUAGCAGUCUUAUUGGGUAUUUUUUGGUUCAAGAAAAAAAGGGAAUAUGCAAAGUCUGACCCAGGUGGAAGAGAACGGCUAAAGAGUUUGAAAGAGGAACUUGCUGAGGUUUUGAACGCACAAGCUGAGGCAAAUCGAGGCUCGCCUAUAAGCAAAUUAGAGCACUCUAUCAUUAAAUCAUCUCCUAUUGAUAUCAUACCUAACGGCACAAAUUCACAGCGAUCAUCCCCUUUGGAACUCACUGACGAAGAAAUUGAUCUGGAGAUAGAAAAAAUAAUCAGAAUAAAAUCCAUUGGAAAAGAGAAGAGAAUGUCAGCUGGCUUUGACAAACAAAAUUUGAUUGUGAGCUCAUGUACUACAGAACCCUCCUUCGUAGUUAAGGAGUUGCAGAAUAAUUUGUGUUCACAUGUUCAGCUCCAACAAUCUUCACCUAAAAACUCAGAAAUGCACAUAAUAGACAGUAAUCAUAGCUUUAGUAGUAAUGUAAAUUCUAAUAAGGAUCUGCUUGAUUCAGAAGCAGAAUGUUAUAAAAAAAAUAGUACAAACAAUGGGACUGAGACCUUUGUGUCUGAAGGUGAUACAAUAGAAAAUACCUCUGAAGGUACAGAAGGAUUACAACCACUUGAUGUUGUUGAUGAACCCUGCAAUACAGGUGACAACAAUGAUAGGUUUUCCACUUCACAAAGAAGACUCCUUUCGGAGAGGGACUCUGCUAAUCAUAGUCCUGUUGAUCCUUUAUUAGCUAGUCCCUCAAUGUGCAAUUUUUCAGAUAAUCACAGUGAGGGUUCAAGUGACAGUGGUAAAGGCUGUUCUGAGGCUGCUAGCCCUCCUCCUGCCAGUUUAAAUAUAGUUCCAACAGAAACAGACCUUAGGAUACACCAAUUUGUUUUAUCUCAAAAUCUUGUAGGUCUUUUAAUAGGAAAACAUGGUUCAUUUGUGACUCAAAUUAAAGCCAAAACUGGUGCAAGUGUUUACGUCAGAAGGCAUCCUGAAUCUUCCAAACAGAAAAUAUGUGCAGUUGAAGGAACACAAAGUGAAAUAGAAGCAGCUUUAGAUAUGAUAAAAGAAAAAUUUCCUGAAAAAAAAUUCCCAAACUUCUCACUGCAAGAAAUCAGUGCUGAACUCUACCAAAAACUCACACCUCUCAUCCCUGAGUUUUUACAAUUACAGUUGGUCGAAUCUGUGAAUAACGACACGAUAUUGACGUGUCUGGUGAGUGCGGGGCACUUCUUCCUCCAGCAGCCCCUGCACCCCACGUUUCCGUCGCUGCACGUGCUUCACCGGCUAAUGGCCGCCACGUACCAGAACCCGGAUGUGCCGUCGUUGCCACGCCCCGUGAAAGAGGGAGCUAUCUGUGCUGCGCCUACUGAAAAUAAUUGGUAUCGCGCCCAAGUGAUAUCUACCUCUGAAGAGAAUGAUACAUCUGUCGUGAAACUAGUGGACUUCGGUGGAUAUCUCACUGUUGACAACGAUCAGCUCAAACAGAUCCGCUCCGAUUUUAUGACACUGCCUUUCCAGGCGACGGAGGCUCUCUUAGCAUUUGUGAAACCAGCUAACAAUGUAGAGUGGAGCGGAGAGGCUUUACGUAUAAUGGCCGGUUUGACCGCGGGGCAGCUCCUACACGCGCAGGUCGCAGGCUACGACGAGACUGGCCUGCCUCUUGUACAUCUAUACCUCACAUUACAUCCUCAACAAGUCAUAUUCCUGAAUAGAGAGCUAGUAGAACGCGGACUGGCGGAGUGGGAUGUUCCACCAGACUCCUGAGCGCAUACGUCAGCUCGAUACAACGCCGAGCUGCGAACCACUAUUAUUAUUAUUAUUAUUAUUUUUAUUGUAAAACUGACUAUAAUUUUACGAAAUUACAUAUGUUUAACAUUUGUACAUUGUGAAAAACAGAACAAGAAUAUAUUGUUAUGAUAAAUUAAAACUCUUUGUGAGUUUGAUCAAGUACUCUUAAUUUCAUCAAAUAUAUAAUUUUUUUUUUGAAAAACAAUAUUUAAAUUUAAAAAUAGUUUUCUUGUUUUUAAAUUUUGUUAGCAUUUGAUACUUUAUUAUUAGUUUCUACAAGAAUGCUUCAGCGUUACCUACUUCAAAAUGGUACAUCAGUUUACACAUUAGUGGAUCGAUUUAAGGUUGUUACUAAUGUUUGCUACGUCAUUUUAUCUUUACAAAAGCUCCUCCCUCCCAUAACUGGAACUCGAAAUUUUAAACGAUAAAUGAGUGAGGAUUUUGUAGUUUAUUUUAGAAUUAUAAUAGUGCAUUUGCCCCCUAUAAGGGCGGUUUUACUGAGGCGAUAAGUUAGAGCUUUUGAAUAAAUUCAGGAUGCUCAUUAUAACGUAAUAAUAUUAUGUCUCAUGGCCAUCAUUUUCCACAAUUCCCUUAAAUAGGGAUUAAACAGUCUGAAUAAAAUGUUUCUGAUUUCGGAUACUUAAACUGGUUGUUAUGCCUUAAAAAUGUGCCUUUCGUUCUCACUGUUUAACUCUUGUGCAUUUUUUUUCUACAUACUUGCAAAUUUACUGCAUCCGUCAUUCAUACGAGAGCUUUUAUUGUUUUGUCACAAUUAUGUUACUUUUAACUUUCUAUAAUAAUCUUCUGGAAAAGUCUAAAAGGGUUAACUGAAAAAAUUUUCAAGUAAUUGUUUAUAAUGAGUAAAGACUGAAAUUGUAUAGUUAUGUACAGUUGUUACAAUUUUUAAAGUAUGUGUAAAUUGUUAUAAACUUAAUUGCGUGCUCGUUGAUGUAAUUGUAUGAAUGAAGCCGUUACAUCGAAUUUGUUUUAAUCAGACAUUUUUUUGCACUCAUGUAAAAUGUACACAGUAUGUACUUAAUUUGACAAUUUUAAACAUGCCUAACGGUUGACCUUUUUUGUAAUGUUGAACCAAAUUUAAAAUAUCAAACUCAACAUCAGUCGAUGUCUUAUAAUUUGUUUUCUUUAAGAUGGCACUUUUUAAUUACGCUACAAGUAUCUUUUGGCAUACGAAUGUUCAUAACGAUUUUAUAAUGAGCGUUAAUAAAAUCCUGAAUUCGUGUUAGAAAUUAGUAUAAAUUCAUGUACAUAGUAGAAAUUGAGUAGUCAUAGGAAAAUUUGAUACUUGAAUGUUCUUUACGGUUUAUUGCAGUAUUUAAUGUGUUGAGAGUUAGUUUGUUUUAUUGAUUCGCUUGUAUUGCGUUAUGUGUAGUGUACUUGGCUUAUCUGGUAAAUUUAGUAUUAAAAAAACUUCCAUAAUUUUGAAGUGUGCAGUUUUUAGCUGUUUGAUUAUCAUAGUAUAAAUAAGUCAGCCGAACUGUAUUAAAUUUUAAUCGACUCUCAAGUUGAUGUAUGGAUACAAUACAGGCUGUCUGUUUGCAUUUUGUUGACGUCCCUAACUUGUACAUAAACUAAUAUAUUUGCGGUUAAAUCAAUAAAUUAUCGUUUUAAAAAUG